AUGCAAAAGCUCUCGCCCUCCGUCUACCUCUACCGACCCUCCAGCUCCACACCCACCGCCAACGGCGCGCCCCCUUCCAGUUCCAAACCAGCGCCGAAGAUGAUCCUGCUCAUGACCUGGAUGGGCGCGCGCGAGCCACACAUCGCCAAGUACCUCGUCCAAUACCAAGCCCUCUACCCGUCAGCAACCAUCCUCCUGGUGCGCUCCGAGCCGCGGCAUUUCAUUCCCAUCCCACUGCCCGGAGAAUACGCGCCCGCGGUGCCCGUGCUGCGCGAAGCUUUCCCUUACCAACCUCAAGCUCAACCUCACCACCAGCACGGCAACGGCAACCCUCCCCAAAAAUUACUAAUCCACGUCUUCUCCAACGGCGGGUGCGCCGCCCUCCAACAUAUCCGCCACUUAGCUGCACCUCUCACCCUCCCACCACACACAAUCCUCUUCGACUCCUGCCCGGGCACAUUCCGCUACCGCUCCAGCCACAAAGCAUUCAUGACCGGCAUCACGGGGCUCACACGACUACUCCUAUCUCCUCUGUUCCACGUCAUGUGUGCGUCGUACUGGUUCUGGCAUGCGGUAAUUGGGCGCGGCAAGACAGGGCCGUUGGCAAGGACGGCUAGGGGGUUGAACAGUUCAUCUCAAGGUCCAGGUCCCGGGGGAAGGAGAGGGGGAGGGGGGGUGGAGGUGCGGCGGACGUAUGUUUAUUCGGAGGGGGACAAGUUGGUUGAUUGGCGAGAUGUGGAAGCGCAUGCGCGGGAGGCGGAGGGGAAGGGGUUUGUGGUGCGUAGGGAACGGUUUGAGGGAAGUGAGCAUGUUGCGCAUAUGAGGAAGGAGCCGGAGAGGUAUUGGUGGGUUGUGAAAGAGACUUGGGAAGGGGUGGAAUGA